AUGAUUGAAGCUGAUGCUCUUAGCCGAUCUAACAGCUUGAAGUCUGUUGAAGAUAUUCAGCCAACUGCUAAUGACACGCAAUCCUCACAACAAUCCAAAUGCUUGAAAAAAUCUUUUGGGAAAUCAACGCUCAGUAGUUUUAGGCGAACAGCCAGCCUAAGAAUCUCCUCGGCCUCUAGACGUCUGAAAUCAAACUUUUCUAUAAGAAGUUCCAAAACUAAUCAGAAGGAUGCAUUGAGCCCCAAGUGGCACAAUGGCCUCGCCAAAGCCAACUCAAUGCGAUCGCACUUGGUUCCAUCGCACUCUUUCACAGCCUCAGGGCGACCCUCAAUAGAUGCCAGUUUAUCCAUCAAUUCCAUGGAUUCGCAUAAUCUUCAUUCAUCAACAAGCUCAUCAUCAAGAGCCAACUCGUUCCGAAGCUUAGAACAUACGCUCAUGUCUUCUGAAGAUGAUAUCAAGCCAUUGCAAGUAUCCAGCCGUUUCAAACGCUUACGUCGAAGUUUGAGUACGAAAAUACGUAGAAGCGGACGAAAUGUCUUACGUCGUACAACUUCUUUUGUUGUUCGCAGAAAGUAA